UUGGUCUGGCCAUUCAUUUGCUUGCACAGGCCUUACACAGAACUCAACUGAAGUUCCAAGUUACAUUGUAACGAUAGCUAGCAAGUCGAUUCUUACCAAAGAUUCUCGCCAAGCCCACUAUCAAGAUCAUCGUCUGAUUCGACCGGUUUGCAACUCGCAGGAUAUCAUUUAAUUAGAUUAUUUUUUAAUCCACAUGGAAUUGGGGGGUUUAAGCUGAAUUACUUAAUAGCUCGGGUUACUUCUAUUUCGCGAGCUAACUUCCAUCCAACUAACGUUAACCUUAGCUGGCUGAGGUGGCUAGCUAGUAUUAGCCACCUAGCUAGCUAAUGUUAGCUAUCUGUUUGGUGAAGUCCUCUGUGUUAGCCAUAACGUUAUCAGAUUUGCAUUAGCGAGCUAGUUGGGCAGGUGUCCAAAUACCUAGGGUGUGAUGUCCAUUGAGAUGCUGAUAUUAGCCAACUAACUUGAUGUUUCCAGGUUAUUUUGAUGCAUUUAUGUAACUAGCUACUAUUUGUGACCUGUCCGUCUAACGUUAGUCAGCUAGCUUAGCCUGUAAAGUGCAGCUGCUGCUAUUUGUCGUCUGCCAAUUAGCUGUUGUUAGCCAGUGAGCCCAAAUCUGUUGAGUUUCAUUGCUUGCUGACGUUUAGUUGUGAAAAUGCCUGCCAUGCUAGAUAAAGGUAGUACCGAGAUGUCUGGUAAAAGAAGGGGUAGGAAUUCCGUAAGCAAUCCUACUAAAAGUUUUGCUGCAAAUGGAAACAGUAACAAUUCAUGGGAAGAAGGAAGUUCGGGAUCUUCAAGUGAUGAUGAACAUGGUGCAGGGGGGAUGCGAGUUGGUCCACAGUAUCAAGCGAACGUUCCAGAUUACGAUCCAGAGGUGGCCAAGGCCAGUCAAGAGAGAGAGAAUCUCGGCAUGCUGGUUUGGUUUCCUAAUCACAAUCUGGCAGAAGCAAAACUGGAUGAAUACAUUGCAAUUGCCAAAGAGAAGCAUGGGUACAAUAUGGAACAGGCUCUGGGGAUGCUCUUCUGGCACAAGCACAACAUUGAAAAGUCACUGGCAGACCUGCCCAACUUUACGCCUUUCCCCGACGAGUGGACUGUAGAAGACAAGGUCCUGUUCGAGCAGGGUUUCAGUUUCCAUGGCAAAACGUUCCACCGCAUCCAGCAAAUGCUGCCAGACAAAUCAAUCGCCAGCCUUGUCCGCUUCUACUACUCCUGGAAGAAAACGCGCAGCAAAACCAGCGUGAUGGACCGGCACGCGCGCAAGCAGAAGCGGGACAGAGAAGAGAGGUCCGUUUCCAACUCCAGGAUCAGUAUCAUGUGCCGUGAUGAUGAGAUGGAGGAGAACAGCUGCACCUCCCCAGGAGACACAGAGUAUGAACCCAGCAAGGAGGAAAAGAAGGAGUUGGGGCCAGGACUGGAAAAAUCAGAAUCAAAGUCGUCAGUCCCCCAAAAGCCUGCAGGCUCUGGGGAGAAGCCCACUCACUUGAAGAAGGAGACGCCGGGCCCCACGGGGAAGAACCUGCACCGCGCCAAGAAGAAGCCGCCCAAGGGCAUGCACCUGAGCCAGCGCGAUGUGACCGCGAUGUCCAGCAGCUCGCCCGCCGCCACAGGGGUCCUCCGGCAGCUUGACAUGGAGCUUGUGGCCAUCAAACGACAGAUCCAGAGUAUCAAGCAGAACAACAGUUCUCUGAGAGACAAACUCGAUUCUGGAGUGGAUGACUUCAGACCAUCUGAGGUCACCCAGAAGUUCAACACCCGCUGGACAACAGAAGAGCAGCUUCUGGCUGUUCAAGCCAUUCGUAAGUACGGCCGCGACUUCCAGGCCAUCUCGGAUGUAAUCGGCAACAAGUCGGUGGUCCAGGUGAAGAACUUCUUUGUGAAUUACCGGCGGCGCUUCAAUCUGGACGAGGUGCUGCAGGAAUGGGAGGCCGAGCACGGCGUGGAGGGGGAGGGGGCGAAGAACAGCGAGGAGGAGAAGAUGGUGGUCACGCCAGAGGACGGAGCCACCACCCCAGUCCCACCUGAGGAGCAGAAAGAGGAGCCAGCAGCUGCAGACACACAGGCCCCCCAGGCGUCUUGAACCCUUGAGGGACUCAACCCAUUCAUUCCUGCAGAGUUGUAGUUCGGAAGGGGAGAACGAGAGAAACAGUGAGAGAGAGAGAGAGAGAGAGAGGAAAAAAAGAGAGAGAGAGACGCAUCUCUCGGCAGACCUGUACUGUGUUAUCAAAAUUGGACCUUCCCCUGACUUCCUCACCCACCUAUCCACCUACCCCCUACUCCCACUCUACCCUCCUCUGCCCUCCUCUGCCCGAACCCAUGUUGGCAAAGGACCUACAGCGGCCGCCUCUGCAUGGGUAAAAGCCCAAACAGAUGCAAAGUGCCUGGCCAAGCCCGCCCGCACGCCAGACUGUCUGUGCACCUCACCUCCCGAGUGCCCACACCAUGCCCACACCACCAGUACCAUCCACGGUUUUACCCCCCAACCACGAUCCUGCCCUCUAUGCUGCCUCGCUCUCUUUGUUUGCACUCCACGCUGCCGCCGCCUCUCGUCACCCGUCCCACAUGACCCCAGCCCUGACUAAGCGGGUGAUGGAGGCGUACUCUGCUGCUUCUCUACUUGUCCGCCCGGUCACCCAGUAGCUCACGUGUGCGAGUUUCACGUACGACUCAUCUCAUGUCAUCUCACCUGUCACUCAAAAAGGCAAACCUAGAGUAUGGCAUCAUCACAUAAAACUGUAACGUGUGGUUUGCAGGCAUCAUCCAACAUCUCUCAUUUCUCCAAAGUUCCUCAAGAUAGCUGUUCUGGGAUCCUGAGUAUAUUUAACUGCAUCUGUAAGAUUUGAUGGUUGAUGGUUUUGAAAACAAUAGUUACACAUUUCUCAGGCAGUCCACAGUGCCUGUAAUUUAUAUAUACACUCUAAAUUUAUUCAAUAUUUAAUUCUUUAUUUGAAGAAAAAAAAAAAAAAAAAAAGAAAGCUUGGUUAAAUAAUUGGACAUGUGGGCAUUGUUGAGGACAAUAUGCCCUCCAACUUAAUAUAAAUGCUUACAAAAAAUAAAGAACCAUUACUUUUUAACCAUGCUAUUUACUUUUUAUGAUGCGCCUCUAAAAUGACACCCCCUGUUAUUGGACUUUUAUGUUGGACAGCAGAAGAGAUCAUGCCCAUGUAAAGUCUCAGACCUGAGACACUAGUCGAAAGGAGUGUGUGGGGAAACGUACCCCAGUGACUGCAUUCCUCUACUGACAGAGUAAACUGGACACACAUGAAAGCUCUCGAGAUACACCAACAUUGUACGAGACCUUUUAAUCUAAGCACGCCGAAGACUGAUAUCCCAACGACUCUCUGAGCAGUUUACACGGGCUGUUAUGAAACUGUGAUGCUGUGGUUAUUUUUUAUUAUUGUGUUCUGUAUCCCCACCUUGGUGUUUUAAUUCUCAGAUAUUGAAGUUGUUAUUGACCUAUGUAUCAUAUAUUACCAGUCAGUUUCGUGGGAACAUAUGACAUUGUUUAAGGGAAGCACAGGGCAGAAAUCUUAAGUGUGAGCUGAGCCCCCAGCCUUCAUUGGCAUUCCCUCAUCACCAAGUCGCCCAUAGGUCAAAGGCCUAAUGUGUGCUGCUAUCUAGACGCAUUCACCAAAACACAUACGCCUACAUUAAUCAAACAUAUAGGAUACAUACAUGCAUGUACUCGUCACCAUUCCCUUACCAAAAGUCACUCAAAGCAGAUCCUCUAUACUUGCUACGUUAAAACCAAAGUAUUGAAACAUUUCCUUCCUGCUGUGAAGUGCGGUUUUUCAGUUUUUGUAUCAUGGACCGUUACUUUAGAUACAGAUGGUUUAAAAUUCCUUCCUCGGUCACACUGUCGUAAUUGGUUGACACAGUCACCUGCGUGGUGAGCGAAGCACAUGGUGUGUCAUCGUUCCAUGAGUCAGUUUGUCAGAGUUCCGUAGUCUAAGGCUACGCGGCUUUGAAACCACUCUCUGGAGACAGCAGCAAGACGUCAUGGCCGUUUAUUUUAAAAAGGUGAUGCUCUGAGAGGUGGCCCUCUUUAAAUAUGGCCUUUAAACAGUGAUGGCAGAUAAUGUUAUUGGCUACACACUGUAUACUGUUUGGUCGGUUUAAUUUUUUUUAUUAUCAUGGUUUGUACUUCUUAAGUUAUUGUUUUGCUGUCUGCAUCAUGUAGACUUAAAUCCCCGACAUAAGUUCCCUUUAUUUUGCUGGACUGGUACUGCUUUGCUUUUUGAAUGGUAUUCGUGAGAAUAUUAUGUGAAUGUUGAAUCUGAAUUUUUGUGAGGGAGAGAAACAUUGUAGUCAUUGUAUUUCAUUCAAUUUUAAUAGCCAUGCAAUAAAUGUAAGGAUUUACAGGGAAA